AUGCUGUCCUCUCCUGAUGUGAUGGCAUGCUCACGGACCUGCUCCCGCAUCCUGGGGCUGAGCCUCGGGACUACCGCCCUGUUUGCUGCUGGAGCCAACUUGGUUCUCCUCUUUCCUAACUGGGAUGUGACCUACCUGUUGAGGGGCCUCAUUGGCAGGCAUGCCAUGCUGGGCUCUGGGCUCUGGGGAGGAGGACUCAUGGUACUCACUGCAGCUAUCCUCAUCUCCUUGAUGGGCUGGAGAUAUGGCUGCUUCAGUAAGAGUGGGCCCUGCCGAAGUAUGCUCACUUCUCUGCUGUCCAGUAGCCUGGCUUUUCUUGGAGCCUUGAUUUGCUUUAUCACUUCCGGAGUAGCCCUGAAAGAUGGUCCAUUUUGCAUGUUUGAUGUCUCAUCCUUCAAUCAGACGCAAGCUUGGAAAUAUGGUUACCCAUUCCAAGACUUGCAUAACAGGAAUUAUUUGUAUGACCAUUCCCUCUGGAACUCUGUCUGCCUGGAGCCUUCUAAAGCUGUCAUUUGGCACGUGGCCUUCUUCUCCAUCCUUCUGUGCAUCAGCCUCCUCCAGAUUCUCCUGGUGGCCAUUCAUUUCAUCAACAGCUUCCUGGGCCUUUUCUGCAGCCUCUGUGAGAAGUGA